AUCUUCUGACUAAGAAGACUAAGAAAUCCAGGAUGCCAUUUCUGCCCCAACAUCAGCAGACAGCUCAAUGGAGCACACGCUGCUACCUGGCAUGUUUAUUCAUCAUGAUCACCCACUCUGGACCAGUUACUCCGCUUACUGCCCCUCCGGUGACAACAGGCCUCCGCUCUGCUUUCUCUGCCACACAAACCAACAGUGUAGUGGGAGGCAAGCAGAGGGCAGUGACCUUCAACAGGCUCAUGGUUAACAUCGGAGGGGAUUUCAAUCCAGACACUGGUCACUUUCGCUGCCGUAUCCCCGGGGCUUACUAUUUCUCCUUCUCAGUGGGGAAGUUUCCGAAGAAAAUGCUUUCUGUCAUCCUGGUGAAGAAUGGGGAGGAAGUGCAGGCUAUGGCGUAUGAUGACUACCGCAAGAAAGGAAGGAAAGUUCAAAGCCAAAGUGUGAUGAUCACUUUGAAGGAAAUGGACACAGUGUGGCUGCUUUUACAGCAGAGUCCUCAGUAUGCUUUGUACAGCAAUGCUGGUCCUUACAUCACCUUCUCUGGUUACCUCAUCUAUCCUGACAACUCCCCAACCAGCUACAUCAGCAACCACUUGGCCCCACCAGGGCUGUCCUACCCAAACUGCCCCCCUCAGGCUGAUCCCCAGGUCAGAGGUCAGGCAUCAGAGCAGCCACGGUCUGCCUUCUCUGUGGCACGGACAUCCACACUCAUGGGUCAGAGUAGCAGGCAGCAGGACAAGCCAGCUCUGAACUUUGAUGUGGAGUAUGUCAACAUUGGCAACCACUUCAACAAAACCUCAGGCCUGUUCACCUGCCACUUCCCGGGGGCAUACUUCUUUGCCUUCACUGUGGGGAAACACCCUCGUAAGGCUGUUUCUGUGAAGCUGAUGACCGGAAAGGGCGAGGUGCAGGCGAUGGUGUUUGAUGAAGACACAUCGAAGAGACGGGAGAUGCAGAGUCAGAGUCUGCUGCUGACUCUCCGUCGGGGUGACAGUGUUUGGCUGUACAGUCAGCAGGAUGAGCGUUAUGCUGUCUACAGCAACCAGGGAAGGUACACCACCUUUUCUGGCUUCCUAAUUUAUCCUGAAGAAGUACCGCUUACACCCCCAAACAACCAGGACAGAACUCACUUCUAA